AUGGACGAUGGGGAUCACAGUAAACCGGCACUUCCGGUAGUGCCCGACAAGUGUGGACCACCGACGAUCAGUUUGAACUAUUUGCUCGAUUUUGCUAUCCAGCAAAUCUAUCAUGAAAUUACUGUCCUUUCCGAACUGUUGCCAAAGAAGUUAGAUGGCGACAGGAAGAUCAGUCUUGUGCAGUUCGCGCACUCUACGCGAAUGCUGUUCGUCAAGCUGCUUGCCGUCGUCAAAUGGGUGAAAUCUUCGAAGAAAUUCGAAUCAUGCGCGGCAAUAUGCUACCUACUGGAUCAGCAAUCGCAGUACUUCGUAGAGACUGCGGAUCGACUGGUAACGAUUUCUCGCGAAGAGCUUGUAAUGGCACGUUUGCCCGCCUUUCAAGUGACUGCUGCUGUCGAUGUGCUCACACAGGGCACAUACCAACAUUUACCCACGAUCAUCAAGGAUCGUUUUGUGCUAAAGCCAAAAAUCUCCGCUAUUGAUGAGGCAAACGUGUUGUUACGGCUCAAUCAGGUUCUACAGUAUCGCAUAUCAAAAGCCGCAUCCACGUUAUCGCCUCGUGCCAAGGGUAUUGUUAUAAAGAAUGGCAUGGUAUGUGCCGUUCAGUUAAUUUUUAUAAUUCAAAGUGUAACUUAUUGA